AUGGCAUGUCCCAUGGGUCUUGGUCGCACGCUGGACGGUCCAGCCCCGUUUGAGAGACCGCGUAUUUUCGAUACAAUUGCGGAACCAAACGAACUGAAGAAUUACGUCGAUGACGCUAUCUACCUGACUGGUGGGCAGUUCGCAAUCUUGUGCCAAUUCGCACACCCAGGAUUGGCAGAGGGUUCAUUCAAACAUUCGAACUUCGCAUACCGUAUCCUCAACCGGUUGCAGACGACGGCACGCUUUCUGAACGCUGCCGUGUAUGGCACCCAACAGGAGAAGGAGGCUAUUUUCAGUGUCAUCCAUCAUGCCCACGCCGAUGUCAAAGGCGAAACAUACUACGCGGACGAUCCUGAGCUGCAUAAAUGGACCGCGGCUACCCUCUUCGUCUCGCUUGUAGUAGUACAUGAGGCAUUCUUUGGGAAACUUUCUCGCGAGAAGCAGGAGGCUCUGUAUAGGGAGAGCGCGGUAUACGGUACUUCCUUGCGGAUGCCCCCUGAUAUGUGGCCGGCGACACUUGACGAUUUUUGGGACUACUGGAACCACAACAUUGAGACACUGGAAGUCACAGAUUGGGCAAGGAGCCUUGCCGGUGACCUGCUGCAUCCCAAGAAAUUGCCACUCUGGCUUCGGCCCCAAGCACCCAUCGCGAGGCUGCUGACUAUCCAUUGGUUACCGGAGAGGUUCCAGCGUGAGUACGGCCUGAAAACCACCCCACUCAACACUGCCAUGUACCAUUUCGUUGUAGGCUAUACUGCGCUGGUGUAUCCACACUUGCCAAGAAGCUUGCGGCAAUUGCCCAGCAAGUUGUACAUGAAGGACAUGAAGAAAGCCGUUCAACGCAUUGAAGAGACUGGGACAUGGUACAAGCCGGCCAAGUCAUAG